AUGGAAUCGACCGUCGUCAAAGUUGGAUGUACUUUGUAUCUUGUUCAUCCAGAGCCUUUGGCAUCAAUCCAAGAAGUAAAUGUCCGUGAUGCUGCCCUCUGUUCAGGUGUUUUGAUCUCCAGUCCUGAUGGGAAGUCUCUUGAAACAGUUAAUUGCGAAGAUAUAAUUGAGCUACUAGAUCUUUGCAAGCAAUUUAUAUCGGUCAUCAACUACAAAGUUGCUCGAGAGAACGUCUUCCAUUCAGGACCUUAUUUUCUCCAAUCCCAGUAUCUUAAAAGCGCCCGGAGUCUCUACUCCGAUAAUCUUGGUGCAUUCACUAUUAGCACUAUCCCACAGAAAGUAUUCGACCCGACCAGCAAAUUAUUCAUUGUGGUUCACGUACUAGCUGAGGAUUGCAUGUCUGGAUGUGUUGCCGUUCCCAGACCACUUUAUUACAAGAAGUCUCCAGAAAAACCUUUAGCAGGCAUGAGAAUCAGUUUGAAGGAUAGUAUUAGCGUUUACGGUAUCAAGAAUACCAUGAUGAAUAGAUCAUACACAGAUUGUGAGCCUGCCGAAAGAACUGCCACCUCUGCACAAUUGGGACCGACAUUAAGUGAAUAUCUUCUUAAACUUUCUUUUACAUUUAGCAUUAAUUACAUUCUCUUUUCUCUUCAAUGGCAAGGGAAGAUAAGUGGCCCUGCUGCAUGGAACGGGCUCUUCUCCCUCCGAACUUCGUUCGGCGUUGUGUUAAUCGGCAUCGUCAGUAGUUGCAAGUCUGUACCUAUCAUUUACUUUGUGGAAAUAUUUAUUAAAAGUUCCCUAGGUUAUAUGAUACUGCUAUAUCCGAAGAAAAUCAUUUAUCCAUUAGAAUUAUUCCCUGAAAGAGACCCCACUCACCAAGAAAUGAUCAACGAAUGGGUACAAAUUCUUGAACGUUCUCUAGGUGUUAAAAGAGAGGAGAUCAGUCUUGAAAAAUGUUGGAAACCCACCCCCCGGGAAGAGUAUAGAGGGAAGUCGCUUCAGGAGUAUCUUGAUUUAGCAUUCCAGUGGUCUAUUAUUGAUCGAAUGACCUCUGAGACAGUUUUAGAUCGGAAUAUGCCCGCUGAAUAA